AUGCCCACCAGCUACCUCAUCACGGGAGCGUCCCGAGGCCUCGGCUUCGAGACGACGCGACAGCUGCUCACCACGUCGGAGUCGAAUGUCGUCUUCGCCGCCGCGCGUGACCCGCGGUCAUCGAAGGCGUUGCAGGCCUUGGCUGAAGAAUACAAGCCACGAUUAAACCUCGUCGCGUUGGAUACGACGUCCCAAGUCAGCGUCGAUGUGAGUUGAACGGUCAUCAGUACUUGCUCAACUCCAUGGAGUCCCUCUGACUCUGCUCCUUGGUCCCUGGUCGCUGGCUCGCCUCCACCCCCACCCUCCGAUUCCGUCAUUUCGAACCCGACUCGCGCAGGCCGCCGUCGCCCAAGUGACCAAGAUCCUCGGCGAUCAGGGACUCGACGCAUUGCUCAACAACGCAGGCGUAUUCUCCGGGGGGCCCACAACCUUCUCGACGGCGUAUGUCCCUUUCAAUCCACCAGGCGAAUGAGAUCAACGAGCUAACAUGACUCGCAUACUCCUUCGGGAUCGACGACGAACCGACUAACUGUCAGUGACAAGGACUCGCUCAUCGCCGAUAUCUCGACAAAUCUCUAUGGCGUCAUUUACACGACUCAAGGAUUCCUGCCUUUGCUCAGGAAAGGUGAAAAGAAGCAGAUCUUUGUCACCAGCUCUAUCAUGGGCUCGAUGGUAUGACCCCACGUUCCUUGCGAGCCGAAUGUUCUUGCUCAGCUAUUGACCUCCGCACGAGCACUAUCUGACAGGGCGACGAUUUGGGCAAGACGGCCUAUGCGAUCAACUACUCGGUCUCGAAAGCGGCGGUGAACAUGUGGACAUUGAAGGUCGCAAACGAGCUCGGACCGGUCAGUCCCCGUCACAGUCUGCUUCCGAGGUUCAAUUGCCUUAGCUAACGCGCCAUGUUGCAAAUUCGUAGGAUGGCUUUACCGUCGUUCCCUUCCACCCAGGAUACGUCAAGGUAUUUAGACCUCGCGUUCUCGCACUCGAAACAACUGCGAUGCUGACCGCGGUUCAUUCACGUCCUAUUUCCAGACCGACCUGAACGGCGGAACGGGCGGCGAGAUCACACCUCAAGUAUCGGUGGAGAAGACGUAUGUUGCCCGCAUCUUAAUUCCCACGCUUAUGUUAUGCCACUGACCCCGGUCUACGAUGAUGAUGACGAUCGGCUGCAGAUUGAAGAACAUCAUCCUCAAAGUCAAGCCUGAGGACAAUGGGAAGUUCCUGUCGUAUGCCGGCAAGCAGCUCAAGUGGUGA